AUGACGCUGAUAAGGAAAGUGAACAGGAACGUCCUGCAGACCUUUAAGGAGCUAUACAGAACUGGGAAAAGGCUGAACAUACAUAAAACCACCUUUCUGUCCCAAACAUAUGAAAAAAAUUGCUGGAGAAAAACAAGACUGAGGGAAGAAAAGGUUUAUCAUAAGAAGUAUAAUUUUUUAAAAUAUGCAUAUGAUGUUGUCAACUACGGAAUUGAAAAUAAUUUAAAAUUUCAAAUUGAAGAAAAAAACAUUGUAGAAGAGGAAGACUCAUACAUAGAAGAAGAGAAAAAAGACCAUGAAUGUGAGAAAAGCAUAAAGGAGGAAGUAGCCACAGUUGAUAUGGAAAUAAAAAAUAUUUUAAAAUUGCUGGAGGAUGUAAAUAGGAAAUAUAAUCAGAAUACAAAAAAUGCCACACAAAUAUAUUACCAUUUUAUGAACAGAAAUGUUCCACUGAAAAAAAGUGAGUUUUUUAAAAAAUAUCAAAAAGUGUACAACGCAGCAGAUUCGACAAUACUUUAUUAUUAUAUAAAAAAAUUUAAAUUACUUACAAAUAAAAAGAAGCAUUUAACGAAUAAAUUGCGCGUUUUAAAAAUGAGGAAAAAUGCCUUUGACAGUGUGAAUUACUCCUUUUCAGUGGACAAGCUGGAGGAGAUGUUCUACGAGCACGCCAGAAAAAUCAACGUAUUGUAA